AUGUCGACACUGCAGCAGCGACCAGUCGCGAUCGGCGUCUACUAUCCUUCCUGGAAGAUCUACAGAGAGAUUCAUCCCGGACCUCGAGUCCUGCUAUCCAUAGGCGGCGGCACCGGCUCGAAGCAAUUUGCUGGCGUUGCUGCGAACAGGGAGAAGACCGCACGGUUCUGUCAGACCACAAAGCAGCUGCUAGAUAAUUUCCACUUGGACGGUGCCGACAUCGACUGGGAACAUCCGCGCACGCCUGACGAAGGUGCAGACUUCGUUGCACUGCUCGUAGCUCUCCGUGCUUGUCUACCGUCACCUGCAUAUAGCAUCACGGCCGCAUUGCCCGCCAAUGAGGAGGUCCUGGAUCACAUCGACCUUCCGGGGCUGCUGAGUGGUCCCAACGCCGUCAUCGACUAUCUCAACCUGAUGGCGUACGAUAUGGCGGGAUCUUGGUCAGCUGUAGCAGGCCAUCAUGCACAGCUACAUGCACCAACCAGGCCUAAGCACAACUUUGCGAAGCAGUCAAUGGCACGCAUAUCGUACUACCUGAUUGAGAGGCGGAAGGUCGAUCCACAUCGAAUUAUCCUUGGCAUUCCGGCGUAUGGACGAUCUUUUUGGGCGUGA